CAUUUUGGUAGGUCACACAUUGCAACACUUGACUAAGGCAGGAGAAUCUGAAAAGAAAAUCGAUUAGAAUAUGAUUGUAAACAAGUGAAACUGAAUAGUCUUGCAUCUUCCAUGCUGAGAGAGAGAGAGAAAAGUCAACAAAUGACAUAUGGUAAAAAUCUGGUGGAAGUGGAGGUAAAAAGAAACUUAGCAAAGCUGAACGACUGAGAUUACAGAAAGAAGAAGAAGAUAGAAGAUUGAUAGAGGAAGAUUUCUCAUUCUUCAGAGGAAGCCCGUUUACGAGCUGAACAAGAAGAAGCAGAAAGACUUGAAAAGGAGAGAAUUGUGCGAGAGGAGAGGGAAAGACUUGAAGCAAAAGAUCAAGAGCGGAGAGGGACUGAACUUGCAGAACUCCAUUCAUUAGAAGAGAACUUUUUGUCAGCAAGGCAAUGGAAAGCAGAUUAUAGAGCACAUGCUAAGUGGGAGCAUUACAUGCAAUGUGAUGGGAGUCCUGACCCAGCUGUGCCCCAAGAAAUUAACACUUUCAUGAGCUUGUGGCAAGAAAAUAAAAAUGAGGAUAUUGAGUUUGUGAUCAAGAAAGGAAACCAAGUGCUAAAUUUAAUUGAGAAGUUGAAUUUUCUGUUAUUGGACACACCGCCAAAUGAGCUAAUGGAAAAGGUCAUCAUUCAGUACCAGGAGUCAAUUCUGGAAUUGCAGAGUCUUCUUCAUCAGAAAUACAAUGAAGCAACAGAGCACCUACUUAAAAAGGCUAGUACUUUCGCAGAUUCUGACAGUGGAAAUAUGGAUGUGGUCAUAAAAGAUAAAAAUAUCACUUUCUGUAUUUGGGGAAACCUCAAGAAGAAUCCAAGAUUUAAAAAUCAUAUGUUUUGUGAUGCAGAAAAUGGAUUUGAUCUUCCAAAGACAGUGGCCACAAGUGAUGUUGCUGUCCGCAUCUUGCACACUCAUUAUGAUCAUAUUUCCCCACUACAACUCAUUCCCAAACUGCAUUUAAAGGUGCAAGCCCCAGAAAGCAAACCAGAAUUAACUGUGCUUUAUGAUAUGAAAGAAGAAAAAGAAGAGGAACAAAAGAGUGGGGAAGACAGCAGCCUGGUAAUUGAAAAGGAAUCUGAUGGAAGAAAGAGUGCCAUCUCUUUCAAAGACAGCACUAAAAUCGAUCCUGGUGAAAAUGAGAAGCUAGAAGAGGAAUCUGAUAAGAAAUUAGAAAAUGUUAGCACCAUUUCAGGAGUUCAGGUUGCACCACUGCAGGUGGCCACUGAUGAAAAAGAAGAAGAGAUAAUUGGCGAAAAUGUAGUUGAUUUGCACCAGUUCACACCAGUGGGUGGAGUGUACCUUAUUGAUGCACUGAAGCUCCCACCUCAAGCCAAACAAAUCAAAGGCUGGACCAUGGUGGAAUUACUCGAUGUAGGAUUGGAGACAUAUCCGUAUCCUCCAGAAUCAGAAGAAACUGAAGAUGCCACAUAUCCACGUAUAGGGGUGAUUCUUAGACUUCUUGACAGUGUGAUCUUUUUUGAGGAACCUAUGGUUGCCAGAUGGGAUUCUGCAGGCAAACAAUGGAGAACUGAUGGUAUCAGUGACAUAAAGUACAAAAUGAAAGAGAAACAAAUCUCUUUUGAGAUGGAUGCUUUUUAUACAAUCACACUGAUUCAGGAUGCUCACCUCAAUAUGCCAUACCAGUCAUGGGAACUGAGACCUAAUGGCACAGAUGAAUUACUUUUCACGGUUGUUACAGCCUUUGCAGACGUUCAAAUGCAAAUUAAGGGUAAUCAGUGUAUGCUGUCUUCAGUCAUGGUGGAUGGGAGUGAACAACUUUCCCACUUGACGGGAAAAUGGACAUCUCUAAUUGACCUGAUCAUUGCUUUGAAAAAGGCUGGUGUGAACAUUUUCCCAUCAGACUACUCUUACAAGUACGUCUGCGUGAACAAGAAGACUCCACUAGCAGAAUUCACAACUUAUCAACAGAUGGCGCUGGUUGCAUCUGCUUUUGCUUUCAGUUGGAGCAAGUGGAAUCUGGCAUCUGGUCAAGAUCAAGUAGUUUUUAAGGUGAGCGAACACCUUAAAACAGAUGCUGUUAAAGAUGAAGACUGGUCCCUUUACAUGUUUAAUGGUCAGCGAGCACAAAGGCUCAGAAUCAGUGAAACUAGUGAAGCCUUCUCAGAAGAUCUAGCGGAAAAUACUGAAUUUCAUUCUACUCUCUACCAUCUGAUCAAAGAUUUUGCCAGUGAAGAAGCAAUUGAAAAAGUAAAGAAAGCCAGUUGCCUAUUUAUUGAUGCUAUAUCUCAGCUACUCAUCGCUACUAGAGUGUUAACAUACUCUUAAGCCAGUAUUUUAAAUUAACUUUAUUGAGCAUCAAGAACUCUGUCAAUAAAAUUACAUUUGAUGUCUGUCAUUUCACAUGCAAAUCAAAACAGCUUUUUAAAUGCCUAAAAAUGCAUAAAAGUUGUUUUUGUGAAUAAAAUUCUUUACUUUCUAGUAA